GUCGUGGUAAAGAAAAAUACUAAUAGUAGCUGCUCAUUUUAACGUAUCAAUUCAUUCUGGUAUUAUAAACUUACCGUAGCGGUAAUAAUUGGAAAUCAAAAUGAGGGGCUCUCAUCUGAUGUCGCUGACAACCCUCCUCUUUGCGACAGCUACUGCCUCACAACAAGACGUAAUUGACGAUGUUCUCGGACGGUUGGAGAAGGCGACAUUUUUCUUUGAAAAUCAGUUCGGACAAAUAAACCUGGAUGGAGUAGUUGGGUACAUAAUUCUACAAGCUGAACUGAAGGAGUCUGUUCGGAUAUGGCCGGAAGCAGACCUAGCAAGUCAGCUCUCAACAGCUGUGAACCUGACCCAGAGACUCGACCACAGCCUCGCCCAGGCUGUAGAUGCACUACAGAAGACCGAUCCAAAGUACUUCAGAGAAUUUGAACCUCUUCUGGAAGCAUCCUUCUGGACUGUUCCUCAUGAGUGGGACACUUCAGAUCCAACACUGGCCUACACAGCCUUCAGGAUGAUGGAGUGCUAUGAUGAGCAACUUAGCGAUAAGUGCAUCUCUCUGCUCCUGGGAACCUGGAAAGAUAAUGGGACUCCCUGCAUUGUUACAAAGGCCUGCAGGGAUACAAUGACCAGGUUUGGCUGUCCUCAUUACUCCCUCUCUCACCAGCUGCUGUAUUUCAUGGUUGGGAAAAUGAGAGGAUGCUCCAACAUCCUAGAGGGAGAGAGGAGGCAGUCUCGCGCUAACAUGACUGAUAGAGACUAUCAGAAGAUGUUUUGCUCUAACAUGAUGAAGAGCAACGCAGAGUUUGUACGAAAGGGCUUCCCUGGUCAAACAAGGGAUAUCUUCAUAGAGAACAUAAUGUUGUGUGGUUUGGCUGGCUUCUCUGACUUUUACAAAUCGGACUGGUUACAAAAUAUUUUGUUGUGGCAAGACCUAGGAGUGGGCUGUUUUGGGAAAGAUGAGAAGGACAUUGCACAAUUGUUCGGUGAGGACGAGGUGGAAAACAAACAGGUCCACAAACGAGUGAAGAGAAGAGAAAAAACUUUAUGUGAUGGGUGUUCGAGUCAUAUGACCGGGGUUGCAGUCAGUGCUCUGGGCGGAUACCUGAACUACUACCUGACAGAACAGGACAUUACAAAGAGACCGCUAACCUGAAUGUCAGCGACAAAACACAGUUUCUUCUGACACAGAAAAUUAGGCUAUUAGGCAGUUUGUUUUUUGGGUUUUUUUUUUUUUACAUUACAGUUAACUGUAGAAGUAUUGGGACUGGGAAACUUUUUUUGUUUUUUUGCCUUGUACUCCAGCACAUUGGAUUUUAAGUUAUGCAGACUUUAAUUGGCUUUAAUUUUAUGGCAUUUAUAUCUGCAUCAGGUGAUCCUUGUAGGAGUUAAAACGUCCCAUUUUAAACCUAGUUCCCCCAGUCUAGGAGAGCAAAAGUAAGUGGACAAAUUAACAUAAUCUUAAAUAAAGUUGUCAUAUUUAGAACUUGCUCAGUAAAUCUUCCCUGGUGAUAGGAUUGUAUUGCAGCCCUCUUCAGCUCCUGUUUGUUGUGGGGCAUUUUGCCUUCAGUCUUGUGUUUAGCCAGUGAAGCACAUGUUCAAUUACAACAAGGACAGAUGAUUGACUUGGGCGUUCAGGAACAUUCCAUUUUCUGCUCCUGAAUAACUCCUGGUUGCUAUAGCAGUAUUUUGAGGUCAUUGUCCUGCUGCCAGAUGAAGUGCCGGCCAAUGAGCUUUGAGGCAUUUUGUUGGAUCUGAAUUCAUCCUGCUUCUGCCUUCAGCAGUCACAUCAUCAACGAAGACAAGUGAGCAGCCAUACAUGCCAAAGCCAUAAAACUAACCAUCUUCCACAGAUAGGUGGAGGGGGGCUGCUUUGGGUUAUGAGCAGUUCCUUCUUUUUCCAAAUUUUCUUCUUUCCAUCACUUUGGUACAGGUUAAUACUCCUCUGUCCAUCAGACUACUUCAUCCAUGAACUCACCUGGCCAUUCCGUUCUUGAGGCUUACCAGUGUGGGCUGUGAACCCUCUGAUGUUAUGCUGUUGCAGUAUUCCCUUUGUUAGUCUUUAACAUAUCUAUGCCUCCAUCCUAGAGAGUGUUCUUGAUCUAUUUGACAGUUGAAAAGGGUUUUUCUUCAGAAUUGAAGGUAUUCUUUGGUCAUCCACUAAAUUGGUCAUGGCCUACCACGGUCAUUUGCUAUUGCUGAGCUCACGAGUGCUUUCAAAUGGUUGUUUUUAACAAACCCAAUGAUUUGACAAUGUCUCUGAUCAAUUUAUCCAGAUUUUCAUGGUAGAUAGAUAGAUCAUUAGUGGUUUACAGUGAUGAGGGGGUAACUCGCCUCAGCUACCACCAAUGUGUAGCACCAGAAAGCGCACCACACACCAGCAGAGGUGGUAAGGGAGAGAAUAAUUAAAUCAGGAUAACUAGCCAGGUUGGGAAUUUAGCAGUGAGUCAGGACCUCAAUUUAACGUCUCAUCUGAAUUACUUUUGGGGGGUAAUUGAACCAGAAGGAAGACCGCCCCCUACUGGCUCACCGACACCACUUCCAGCACCUACUUAGUUUUCUCCCAUCCAAGUUCUAGCCAAGCCCACACCCACAAGCGCACACCCGCAAACCCACACCCAAUGAGGUUCAGCCAUUUGUCAGGGGCAGGGUGUAUGAUGUAUGGCUGCUGGAUGGUAGCCUGCUUUUCUGGCAUUGACACUUACUUGGUCCUAAUGUUGAGACUCCAAAUAAAAAUCCACACCUAGAAUCAUCUGUAGACCUUUUAUUAACUUUAUUGUGCAUGAACUAAAGAUGCAGAGACACACAGCUGGUCAAGACUCAUCAGCCAAAGGUCCAAGUACUUUUGCU